AUGCAGGGUCUCUCAUUCACGUUCAGUGCUGCCACACUCUUCUUGGUCCUCUGUCUGCAGCUGGGGAUCAUUGAAAGCCAGGAUAAUAAAAAUGUUCGAAAGCCAAUUUUGUUUGACCUACAUGUUCCAUCCACAGCAGAGGCAAAUCAGGAGAUCAGUGUGAAACUUAAACUUCAAACACAAUAUGAAGAAUGUAUGGAGGUCAAAGCUUACCUUUUAAGUAGUGUACCUAUGGAAGGUGCCUUCAACUAUACACAAACACAUUGCCUCUGUAAUGAUCAUACUAUCACCCUUUUCUGGGAUUUUGAAGUCAUAGAAACUGUAAAAUUUGCAAUAGUUCUUAAAAUUGUAAAUGAAAAGAAUAUCUGCCCUAAUGAUUUGGCAGUUUUGCCCAUCAAAGGAGACCAGUACCUUACUUAUCGUACUGAGUACACGAAUUAA